AUGAGAAUUACUUUGCUGUUUGGUUGGUGUUUCCUCGUUUUGUUCUGGUUUUACACUCACAAUAGAGUUCAAGGUCAAUGUCCAGCAUAUUCACCCAAAUUUGUUGUACAACAUGGCUAUCGUCUGUACGGACAUGUUAUUACCUGGUUGUAUGCUGAAAAGGAAGUUCUUUGUAGACUCAAAUGCAAUUUGGAGAAACGGUGUUUAACAUUCAACUACGAGGAAGCAACUAGGGUCUGUGAAUUGAACGACGCUGACGAUGAAAAAGACCUUCAAGAGACUCAAGGUUUUGUYUACGGUGACAUGAAGAAAAAAAGGAAAUCUGAAGUCGCUAGCACCAGUACUACUCCGCCUACAAGCAGGCCAGGUUCAAGUUCUCUUCUUGCUGGUCACUCGUGCAAGAAAAUCAAAGAUCUCGGUGAUUCUCGUGGAGAUGGAGAAUACUGGAUUGAUCCUGGGAACACUGGACAACCCUUUACUGUCUACUGCGACAUGACUACUGAUGGAGGUGGAUGGACACUGAUUAAACGAUCAAAUCUAACCUUCAUCUAUAGAUAUUCAUCCGAGUUUGACCGGAACGACUAUCGUGCAAUUUCUAACUACAGUGAUGCGAGGCAAAACAUUCUCACCACAGCGAUUCAAGACUUAAGAAUAACGAUGGGCUUUGACCAGCUUCGAUAUCGAUGUCGCAAGAAAAGAAUCAAUCGAACUCUUCACAUAAUGACGAUAAACGAUACGGCAGGUUAUGAAGUCCUGGAUCACCUUCUUGUUCAACCAACAUGGCCGACAGCAUGCAACUCAUUUGAAAGAUUACAAGAUGAUACGUCGAUUCUUGCACGGAAUUGCAUUAAGUGGGGUGAUUAUUUUGGAAAUAGAGAGGUUAACCGUUGGGGCAAGUCUUCAAAUAAAGGUCGACACAGGGUUUAUAAUUACGUUAUUGUAUUGGAACCGAACCACCGUUUGGCAUUUAUGUCAGGAGGACCUCAUUAUUGCGACGAUUCACUUCCCUUCGCAAGCAUUGGAGACUUCUGGGAGCUUUAUGUCCGUUAAUUUGAAAUAAGAUAAUAAUGAAUCAGUACAAUUUUAUUCAGGGU